AUGACGAACUACCCUCCGACACCAGCGUUUGGUGGCUUUCCACUUCCUGCUCCGAGGGGUCCACCUAGCCUAAAUCAGGACCUGCGGAAAUUGAGCAUCAACAGUGCUGGCAGUAAUAGUACUGCAUUGCCUUCACCGGCGAUUCAAUCGCCAAUAUAUAUGCCUAAGUGGACCAAUAUUAACAGCGCGUCUCGACAGCUACCCUCUAAUAUCCCAUCCAUCGCUUCCAGCUCUACUCAGAAGAUAAUAGAGGAAGGGGAACUUUCGGAUGCGGAAGAUAUUGAGGGGCAACAUUCUAAAAAGCGCAAUAAUCGUUCUGAAAGCAGUCAACGAGAUCGAGGUGUUGAAAAUCAGCAAGGCAAGAAUUUUGUUUCGCACGGUAUGAGAAUCAACAGUGAAACCUCAAAUAAUUUACCAAUAUCCCGUUCGCAGACGUGGAACGAACCUUAUCGCAGGGAAGCUGCGUCACAUACAUCACAAGGUGAUCAACGCGAUAAAAGAUUCAAUCCACAUAGUCAACCAAAAGGAAAUUUCCGUGCUUCAGGAUCAGGGGCGAUGUCAUCAUCUCCGUCUGGGCCUAACAAUUUCUCAACUUCGUUUCAUGUGGCCUCGAAAGGAAUGCUUUGGAGCUCAGCGGGCCGUAUUGAAUAUGCUUCCCCUUAG